GUCAAGAUUGUUCUUCGUCACAAUUUUAGUUUGAAGUAUUCGGUAGUCUAGUUUUAAAUGUGAUUUUGAAACUCGUGACGAAUUCGAUCGAGAACUUUUUUGGUUCAAAAAGUAGAAAACGCUUCCGAAAACGAAUUGUUCGGUAUUUUAAUUAGCAAAUAUUUUUUAAUCGCAUGUUUAUGAAAGUCCUGCUUAUUGCAUAUUAUAUUUUCGAAUAUUUUAUUUGAUGUUGAAAAUAAAAUAGAGAAAAACUGACAUACUUAAAUACUGUAUAUAUGCGAUACAGAACCACGUGCGCAAUACAUCAAGAGUACUUUAAUAAGGUUGUAAGUAGUUAUUAAAAACGAAGAACAUGCUGGCGCAUCUGUUCGAAAUUCACGGCCGAUUUUGUGCUGGACAUCCCCUGGAAGUAAUUGUGACGACCUUCACACUUACAGCAUGCAUUCUGAACAUGGAGACCGGAAGCGGACAUCCUCGAGAUGGAACCCUUCCUUUAGCUUUGCAUUGUCGACCCGGUAGAUGUAAUUCGGACGAUCUAAAUGCAGCUGAUAUUAUAGUCAUGACUAUAAUACGAUGUCUAGCUAUAUUGUUCACUUAUCAUCAGUUUCGUAAUCUACAAAAAUUGGGUUCAAAAUAUAUAUUAGGUAUUGCCGGUCUAUUUACAGUAUUUUCCAGUGUUGUUUUCACGUCCAGCGUAGUGAAUUUCGGGCGCAGUGACAUUUCCGAUUUAAAAGAUGCAUUAUUCUUCUUCUUGCUUAUUAUCGACCUUUCAAAAGCCGCUAUAUUAGCACAAUUGGCUUUAAGCUCCAGAAACCAAGAGGAAGUGCGAGCAAAUAUUGCUCGCGGCAUGUCGCUCUUAGGACCAACUAUUACGUUAGACACAUUAGUAGAAACUCUACUUAUUAGCAUAGGAUCUUUAUCUGGCGUUAGAAGAUUAGAGAUCUUAUGCAGCUUUGCUUGUUUAGGUGUUAUUGUGAAUUAUAUCGUUUUCAUGACAUUUUAUCCUGCGUGUUUAUCGCUUAUUCUCGAGCUUUCUCGUGAAACUAAUGCCAUGAAACCAUUAAGUGCUGACAAGAUUUUUAUAAUGCACCCAUUAAACGAAGAGGAUCAAAAGCCAAAUCCGGUAGUAGAACGCGUUAAAUUGAUUAUGAUCGCUGGCCUAUUUGUGGUACACGCUAACAGUCGGUGGCCUUUCAAGAGUGACGAAAGCGAACCCACAGUAGAAGGUGAUGUAUCUUCCGCGAAUUCACAUAUGAUAGUGAAUUCUUACAACAAGACAGAAAACCCAUCUGAGGUCAAAGAGUAUUUAAUGAAUUGGUUGUCAGUUAGUGCAGAUAAUAUUGUGAUAUUGAUUCUUCUUCUUGCACUCGCGAUUAAAUUCAUUUUCUUCGAAGACAAAGGGGAUAUCGCUAAACAAUUACGAUCUAAAGUUGAGGACGAUACGGAAGAGAAAAUUGAAAAUGAAUAUGUGAAAGAAAAAGAAAAUGAAAGUGAAGAUAUGAAUAUGCUUACCACCAAGAUAUCGUUUGGAAACUUUAUUGGAAUGCAAACUAUCUCUCUUCCAUCUAAGGUACGUGAUUGGAUCGGUGACAAAGAAGUACAAACAGACGAGAAACAAUGUAAUGUAGAUAAGCCGAACAAUAAAAGUCAGCCUUCACGAUUGAAAGUUCCUAGAUCUCUAAAAGAAUGUCUCGAAGUGUACAAAUCUGAACUUGGAGCAAACGGAUUGACGGAUGAGGAAGUAAUCCAUUUAGUAAAAAAUAAGCAUAUACCUGCUUAUCAGUUAGAGAAAGCAGUUGGUGAUAUGGAACGGGGUGUUACAAUCAGACGUCUUAUAAUUGGAGAGGCUGGAAAAUUCCUUGAUAAUCUUUCCGAUUUGCCGUACAAAAAUUACGAUUAUAGUAAAGUAUUAGGAUCCUGCUGUGAAAAUGUUAUAGGAUAUGUGCCAGUACCACUUGGAAUUGCUGGUCCAUUAUUAAUUGAUGGUGAAUUAUAUCAUGUACCAAUGGCAACGACAGAAGGAUGUUUAGUUGCAUCUACAAAUCGUGGUAGUAGAGCAUUGUUAAAAUGUGGUGUAACAAGCCGCGUAGUUGCUGAUGGAAUGACUAGAGGACCAGUUGUGAGAUUUCCAAAUAUCGUUAGAGCAACUGAAGCCAUGGCAUGGAUGCAAGAUUCUGAAAAUUUCAAAAAAAUGAAGGAGAGUUUUGAUUUAACUAGCAGAUUUGCAAGAUUGACGAAGAUUCAUGUACGUAUUGCUGGCAGGCAUUUAUUUAUUCGUUUUGUGGCCACAACUGGUGAUGCUAUGGGUAUGAAUAUGUUGUCCAAAGGUACCGAAAAAUCAUUGAAUACAGUGAAGGAACAUUUUCCUGAUAUGGAUAUAUUAUCCUUGAGCGGUAAUUUUUGUACGGAUAAAAAACCAGCAGCGGUGAAUUGGAUUCUUGGUAGAGGUAAAAGUGUUGUUUGUGAAGCAGUGGUCCCUGCAGAUGUUGUUACUAAUGUGUUGAAAACAUCAGUUCACGCUUUAGUUGAUGUGAAUAUAAGUAAAAAUAUGAUUGGAUCUGCUGUAGCUGGCAGCGUAGGUGGUUUUAACGCACACGCCGCAAAUAUUGUAACAGCAAUUUUUAUUGCUACGGGUCAAGAUCCUGCACAGAAUGUUGGAAGUAGUAAUUGUAUGACUUUAAUGGAACCAUGGGGAACAGAUGGAUCAGAUCUAUAUGUGUCUUGUACAAUGCCUAGUAUAGAAAUUGGUACUGUUGGAGGUGGAACUGGUCUUCCCGCACAAGGGGCAUGCUUAGCUAUGUUAGGUGUUCAAGGUGCACAUGCUGAAGAACCUGGUGAAAAUGCCAGCAGAUUAGCUAGAGUAAUAUGCGCCACAGUACUUGCCGGUGAAUUAUCAUUAAUGGCUGCACUUACGGCUGGUCAUUUGGUGAAAAGUCACCUUAGGCACAACAGAUCAUCUACCACUGUAACAAAUGCGAUAAAUAUUCCCGAAAAUACUACAGGAGAUAACUUGUCCGUGCCAAAUAUAUUACAACCUGUACAAAAUGUUUGUAAAGAGUUCAUAGAGAAAUCUUAACAUUAAUGGUAUAUAAACUUCAUUCUGACCUAUUAGUAGAAUAUUUUUAUGCACUGUAUGACUGCUUGAACAUAAUAUUUCGAAUAAAUAUUUUUUUUGUGUACAUAAAAAAGUAUAUAUCAAAAACUAAAUAAACUUCAACAAUUUAAACGAAGGUGUAAUAAUAAUAAUUUUGAAUCAAAUGAAAAAAUUAAUCGAAUAUGUUAAAAGUUUGUCUUAUGUUGCAAGCAGAAUAUAGUAUUUUAAAUGUGAUGGAAUAUGUACUUAAUGUACAAUAAAAUAUGCAGUUAACUAUGAUUGUAUAAAAUUAACAUGGUGCAAAGUUUAUUUUUUUGCAUAAACAGUCAUAUUUUUACAUAGUGCAAUAUUAAUAUUUAGCGUUGUAACGAUUUAGUUAGAUUGGUAUAACAGUAACUGAAAAUGUUAAGACUGUACAUUAUGUAGUAUAUUGAGAGUACAAUCAAAUUGUUUUCCAGAAUUGAACAAUACAUACAUGCGUAUAUAUAUAUAUAUAUAUAUAUAUAUAUA